AUGGAGAAGGUGGCGAGUCUGAACGCUAUUGUAAAUGCCUAUGAAUCAAACUAUUUGUCGAGACCAAGAAAGCCGGUGACCAAGAUCCACUGGUGGAAUAAUGAGCUUGAGAAGCUGAGGUCAGAAACAAGAAAGGAAUUUAACAAAGCAAAAAGAACUGGUCUUGCAGCACACUGGGAAGCUUUUAGAAGCUCCCAACAAGAAUAUAGCAAGACAAUCACAAAAGCAAAACGCAAAAGCUGGAGACAUUUUUGCAAAGGUACUGAAAGUGCAGCGGAGGCAUCCAGACUUUGCAAAAUCCUCAACUUAGAUCAAUGUUCUCAUCUGGGCUGUCUUAAGCUUUCAACAAGAAACAUUACUGAAGAAGCAUCUCUAAAACAUCUGAUGGAUGUUUACUUCCCAGGAUUUGACAAUAAGAAACAAUGUAGUCGGCCGAAGCCCAGGGAAUAUAAGCUCAGAGAGUGGCAUUUAGCGGCAAAGGUUGUCGAUCCGAGGGGAGAUAAAUGGGCUGUUAGGACCUUCAACUCCUAUAAACCGAGAUUGAAUGGAAUCUACCCGAUUCUCCUUCAGAAGAGUCUGAAGGUUUUACUUGGUCCACUCACAAAAAUCUUUAGGGCAAGUAUUGCCCUANGACAUGUCCCCCAGGUUUGGAGUGGAACAAAAGUCGUUUUCAUACCCAAGCCUAGCAGAAAUAAUUACAUGUUAGCCAAAGACUUUAGGCCUAAUUAG